AUAAAAUAAAAUAAAACGAGAGAAGAAGAUCAAAGAAGAAACAUGGCAGCCACAGUUAGUGGGGAGGCUGAAUAUGAUAGAAUGAGUGAAUUAAGAGCAUUUGAUGAAACAAAAGCCGGUGUGAAAGGCCUCGUCGACGCCGGAAUCACCAAAGUUCCCCGGAUAUUCCACCAUCCAAAUGGCUGCCCAGACUCCAUCAACCAGCUUCCCACCAACCUGGAAUUAGCCCAUGAAUUACCCAUCAUCGACAUGAAAGGCAUCCACACCGAUCAGGAGAGGCGAAAAGAGAUCGUUGCUUUGGUAAGAGAUGCAUCCGAAACAUGGGGUUUUUUCCAGGUUAUAAAUCACGGGAUUCCGAACAGCGUUCUGGAGGAAGCUAUACGAGGUUCACACAGAUUCUUUGACCAAGACACCGAGGUUAAGAAACAAUGGUACGGAAGAGAUAAAACAAAACCAGUGAGUUAUCACAGUUGCGAUGACCUUUUUGUCGCACCCAUGGCUGGUUGGAGGGAUUCUUUGGUUUUCCGGAUGUCCCCUAAUCCUCCAACACCCGAUCAAUUACCUGAGGUUAACAGGGAAAUUUCGUUGGAGUACUUUGAAAAGGCGGUGAAUGUGGGAUAUUUGUUGCUUGAAUUAUUAUCAGAGGGGCUUGGACUUAGUCCAAGCUAUCUCAAAGAUAAGAUUGGUAUUGGAGAAUUUAUGAUGAUGAUGUGCAAUUACUAUCCACCAUGUCCACAACCAGAACUUACCUAUGCCCUCACCCGCCAUAAGGAUGUUUCUUUUCUCACCGUCCUUCUUCAAGACGAUUCCGGCGGCGCCCUCCAAGCACUUUAUCACAACCAGUGGGUCGAUGUUACCCCCAUUCCGGGAGCUCUCGUCGUCAACAUCGGCGAACUUCUACAGCUUGUAUCCAAUGACAAGUACAAGAGCGCUGAACAUAGGGUACUCGCAAAGCAAACUGGUCCGAGAACAUCCGUCCCUUGUUUCUUCAGCGCUGCUCAUAAUUCAACAGUCGCAAUUCAACCAAUUCAGGAACUGUUAUCAGAAGAUAAUCCUCCUAAAUAUAGAGCCACCACAAUGAAGGAAUUCUUUGAUCACUUUUAUGGCACAGGGCUUGACGGAACCUCUGCCUUGCAGCCUUUCAUUCUUUGAAGUUAUAAAUCAGGUUGAGUGUUUUUAAACAUGAAGGUGUGUCUGCUUGAACCUUCUUUGUGUAGUACGUUAUGAAACUUAACGGAAUUGUGCGGAUAAAUCUCUAACUAUACAUUUCACUUUUAACUCACGUGAUUGUAAAAUGGACUGUCGGGAUUUUAUUCACAUCAUUUCCGGUAUGUCUUUCAUUUAAAAUUUUUCAAAAUGUAUUGAGACCGUUUUUAUGUUAUUGGAGAAUAAAUGUGACAAAUUGUAUUCUCGAAAUUUUAAGUUCAAAUCUUAAUUUGGAGUUUCACACCUGGUAAAGAAGGG